GUCAGUAAGUAUAUUCUCCAAAGAUUUUAUACAUAACCGAAACAAAUCAGAUCCAAGUUUCAGUCCAAAUUUUCCAAUGAGUAUUAGCAAUAUUAUCUUGAGUGAAACUACCACGAACCCAGCUGCGAUUCUUGCCCCCUUGAGUAGUAUCGCGGGUGAUCUCACUUCCACCGCUGUUGGAGUUAUUGCUUCUACCGCGUCUGCCGCUUCCCAGUUUUCUACCGGUACUGAGAUAGCCUCCACUGUUUCGACAGCCUCCAUUGUUUCGACAGCCUCCGUUGUUUCGACAGCCUCGGCUUCCGUUGGUGUCUCUGCAGUCUCCUCUGUCGCAUCUUCAGCUCCAAUCGGAGUGUCUAUUGCUUCAUCUACUUCUAGAGCUUCCUCUGCUCUCACGAAUGCUUCCUCUAAGACUUCCAAGACCUCUUCUGCCUCUUCCAAGACCUCCUCCGCCUCUUCUAAAACGUCGUCCGUUACCUCUUCUACUUCUGCGGCCGGUGCUAUGGGUACCUCUGACCAAAACUGGAAGACAACCUUCAUCGCUGCCUCCCUUUUCGGGGUUGCUGCUGUCUUGGGUGCUUUCUAGAUUUGUGUGUGGGACUCAACUCAAAUGCACAAUCUAGGGGCGCAAACAUUGAUCCAC